GCCACUCUUGCCUGACUUGGUCUUCUUUCGCCUCUCCUCACAGGGCCCCACUCCUGCUUAAGAACACCAAGCAUGCAGGAGCACUGCAGGGAGCUCGACAGUCAGCUAUCGGACAGAAGUGGGCAGUGGCACUGAUAGACCUCCAGACCGGGCAUGGCCUUGGGUCCAGGGGCUAGUCUGGUCCUCUGUGAAGAUGCGAACAUGACACCCAAUCUCAGCUCCACUGAGGCCCCCGGUUUAGGCUCUGGCAUCAUCUCUGGGCCCAGCCUGGACACGGACCUUGUUGCUGUCUUGAAUCCAUCCCUGAGUCCUGGCUCUUGUUCCAUCCCUGGCGUGGCUCUUGUUCCAAACCUUAAUCCAACUCUGAUUCCGGUCUUAGAGGAGGCCCCUGGCCUGGAGUCUGAUGACACCCCCAGACCUGAUGACAGCAGGUCCACGACUCCAGGUUCCCUCCAGAUCACUGUUGCCCACUCUGCUGAAGCCCUGGCUUUGGAUUCCAAUCACCUCUCAAGGCUUAACUCACAGGGGACCCUAAGUCCAGCCUCAAACCUCAUUCUGAGCCCCCACUCUAUGGAGGCCCAGGGUAUGAGCUCGGGGAGCCACACUGGUCCAAAUUCGGAGGAGGCUGUCAACUCCCUCUCAAGCAAUCUUUUUGAUUUGGGUCAGAGCAACUCCAAUCCUUCCAGGCCUGAGACAAACCCAUUUAUAAGGCCGUAUUCCAAAGACUCUCUUGUUCUGGGCCACAGCAUCUCCAGGCCAGGCUCAAAAACUCUCCUUACUCCAGCCUCAACCCCUUCUCUGGAUCCUGACUCCAAUCAGCUGCUCGGCAUGGGCUCAGGGAACAUAUCCAAGCUGGACCUGAACGCGGCUUCAGGUUCUCCUGAAUCCCUUAUGCCAGACACGAACGAGACCAUCACUUUGGUUUCACAUAACAUCUCUGGGUCUGUUUCAAAAAGAGCCUUUGGUGCAGCCUGGAACACAAGUUCCAAGGGAACCAUCAGCGUGGCUUCAAAUGGCAACCCCAAGUCUGAUUUGAACAUGACCGUCACUCAGGCUUCAUGCUUGACCCUGGUUCCUGUUUCCAACGACGUUGUCAGCCUUCACUCCAGCACCCAUGGACCCACCUCCACCAUUUCGCCACCCUCAUGCAUGACCCUGAUCCUGGGCUCCAAGGAGACUCUGAGCCUGGGUUCCAGCCUCAUCUUCAGCGACACCUCCACCCUGACGCUGAGCAGCCAGCAGGGGUGUUCCGAAGACAGCAGUGUCCACACCAUGCCUCUGGAGGGGACUCUGGGGAGCUGGAGUGAGAUGGCUAGUGUGGAGGUGUGCCAGUUCACCCUGGGGCUCCCCACCGGCGACAGCACGAAUAAGGACUCCACGGCCUUCCAGAGCAUCCCUCAGGGAGCCUUCGAUGAAGCAGCCUCAUGCCUGGUGGAGGCGCCAGGGCAGAGAGAUGAUCGCGGCAAAGCGGCUCUGGUCGGGAGUGCCCUCAGCCUCCAGAAGAGCCAGAAUGUGCUGGACAAGGAAGAAGAGAAGAAGACCCUGAUAAAGAAGAUGAUGAAGUGGAUCCAGGAGGAGCCGCUGGAUUCUCUCACGAGUUCCGUCCGCCAGCAGGCCAUGGAGACCCUGACCCAGCUGAGUCAUUCCCAGCCUGUCCUGGGUUUGCAGGAACGGUCGGAGCUGGUGAACACAUGCGUGAAGAGUGUGUUCUCCCUGCCCACCGUGCAGGCCAUGCAGGAGAAAGACCAGGCCAAGGCAGAUGCCUUACAGAUACUUUACUGUCAGACCUUGAAUGCCCUGCAGACACUUCUCAAUGCCCUCUUUGUUGAGGACCCCACUCCUGCUGGGCUGAAGAGCAUCUUGGAGCCCCUGGGGCCCUGGAUGAACUCUGGGAAGGCUCAUGAGAGAGCACGGGCUGUGAAAAUCAGUGUCUCUGUGUUGAACCACGCACUUCUGACCCCGCCUUUCCUUAUGUCCUCGGGAUUCCCGGCACUGGGGCUUCUUCUGGGGAGGCUCAUCAUUCGCAUCGGGGAUCCUGAUGAGGAGAUCGGCCGUGAAGCUCUGGACGGCAUCACCAUCCUCUAUACCAUCUUGGAGCUUCAAAAACGAGCCAGAGAUAAGGAAGAGACCAAUAAGAAGGAGCUGUAUGAGAGCAACAAGCGUUUCCUGGGGCCCUACAACCCUGUCAGCCCAUGCCAGAACAUUCUUCGUGUGAUUGCGGAAUUUGGAGAUUUCCUGGGGCCCCAGCAGGUAAAGGACCUGCUGCUAGCAGCCUUGGAAGGGCUCAAAGGUGGCUCCGAGGCUCGGGGGAAGGACUCAGGGGAGAUGAUGCAGCUAGCCUCGGAGGUCACGCUCAGCUCGGUGCUGGAGUGGUACCGACACAGGGCUCUGGAGGUGAUCCCCGAAAUCAUGCAUGGCAUCUACGUGUGCCUGAGCCACAUCCAGGAGCCGCGGGCCCGCGAGGUGGCUCUGCUGCCCGUCUCUCUCCUGGCCAGCUCCUUCAUGACCGAGGUCGUCGUCGCCCUGCUCAUGUGUCCCCUCCCACUGGACAGCAAUGGAGCAGAGAUGUGGAGACAGCUGAUACUGCGCAAGCCCAGCUGUGACGUCCGAGACCUCCUGGACCUGCUCCUGACCAGCCUGAAGGAGAAGCCCGUGACCAAGAAGGGCCGGGCCUCCAUUGUGCCCCUGGCGGCAGCCAGCGGCCUGUGUGAGCUCCUGUCCGUCAACAGCUGCAUGGGCCGUGUGAGGCGCAUCUAUCCACAGCUGCUCCUGGCCCUGCUCAUUCAGGUCCAUUACCACAUCGGCCUCAGCCUUCCCGGCCGCGUGGCUUCCCGCAAGGAUGCCAAGAAGGACGCCCAGACCCCUGGCUUCGUCCCUGUUCGCUGGGUGGUCAAAGUGGUGAAAACCCUGCUGCUGAAGAUGGGCUGCUCAUACGAGGCUAACUUUCUGGAGGACCAGGGCGGCUGGGAGCUUAUGGGGCAGGCAGAGAACCACCACCGUGGAGUGUCCCUGCUGGCCAGGGCCAUGGUGCACUACUCCUGCCAGGAGCUGUGCCGUAUCCUCUACCUGCUCAUCCCGCUCCUGGAGCGAGGCGACGAGAAGCACAAGAUCACCGCCACUGCCUUCUUCGUGGAGCUCCUCCGGAUGGAGCAGGUACGGCGGAUCCCUGAGGAGUACUCUCUGGGGCGGAUGGCGGAAGGCCUGAGCCACCGGGACCCCAUCAUGAAGGUGCUGUCCAUCCGAGGCCUGGUCAUCCUGGCUCAAAGGACUGAAAAGGCCGCCAAGGUGCAGGCCCUCCUGCCCUCCAUGGUGAAGGGUCUGAAGAGUGUGGAUGGGCUGCUGGUGGUGGAGGCGGUCCACAACCUCAAGACCAUUUUCAAGGGGCAGGAUCGGAAGCUGAUGGACAAUUCAGUCUAUGUGGACGUACUGCAGAUCCUGCUGCCACACUUCAGUGAUUCACGAGAGGACGUGCGCUCCUCCAGCAUCAACCUGUAUGGCAAGGUAGUUCAGAAGCUGCGGUCGCCCCGCACCCCGGCUGUGGAGGAGCAGCUGAUCAGCACCUUGGUGCCCCUGCUGCUGACCAUGCAAGAGGGCAACGCCAAGGUGAGCCAGAAAUGUGUGAAGACCCUGUUCCGCUGUUCUUGCUUCAUGGCUUGGGAAUUGCCAAAAAAAGCUUACAGCCAGAAGCCCUGGGACAACCAGCAGCAGACGGUGGCCAAAAUUUGCAAGUACCUUGUGGACACCCAUCGAGACAGCGCCUUCACAUUCCUCAGCCAGAGCCUGGAGUAUGCCAAGAGUCCUCGGGCCUCCCUGCGGAAGUCCUCAGUCAUGUUCAUAGGGUCCCUGGUCCCCUGUAUGGACAGCAGCAUGACAGAAGAUCGUAUGAAUGAAGUUAAAGCUGCUCUGGAGAACUUGAGACACGACCCAGAAGCGUCAGUGUGCAUCUGUGCUGCCCAGGCCCAGGACAACAUCCUGGCCAGCUGCUGGCGGAGCUCCUGGCCACUGCCACAUGGGGACGCAUGGGUGUGUGACCCGGCCACCACGCACCGCUGGAGCCCGAGCUGUGAGAACCUGCCCACUUCCCACCAGCGGCGCUCCUGGAUCAUGCAGGUGCUGGGCUCCUGGAAGAUGUCUUUGAAGCAGUGAUGUUCCUGAGCCCCAGCCCUCCUUGGAGGUGGCCAAGGCCCCAGCCACGCUCCCUAUAAAUGCCGCAUAGCUUGCCUCUCCCCAUGGAGUUUUUCCUGCGAGAUGAGCAUGUUCUUUACUAUCGACUCAGUCAACAUUCAUAGACGCACUCAGGCUCUCUUAUAAAUGUGGAAGCUGAGGCCAGGAGAGGUGCAAUGGCUUGUCCAAGGUC